GCGGCCCAAACCAUCAGGGGCCCUGGGACGGCCAGGAUGUGGGCUUCGUUAGUCCAGGCCACCGUCCGGGCUGUGAGCAAGAGGGAGCUGCAGGCCACCAGGGCCGCCCUCACCCUGACACCUUCAGCGGUAAACAAGAUAAAACAACCUCUUAAAGAUGAGCCUGAACAUGUAGGCCUGAAAGUUGGUGUCUCAACCAGGGGUUGUAAUGGCCUUUCUUAUACUCUAGAAUAUGCAAAAACUAAAGGAGAUUCUGAUGAAGAAGUUGUUCAAGAUGGAGUCAGAGUGUUCAUCGAAAAGAAAGCACAGCUAACACUUUUCGGAACAGAAAUGGACUAUGUUGAGGACAAAUUAUCCAGUGAGUUUGUGUUCAAUAACCCCAACAUCAAAGGAACAUGUGGCUGUGGAGAAAGCUUCAAGAUUUGACUCCUCAGGACUGCUCUGGCUGUCCGCUCCAGGAAAGCUGUGGAAGAACUCGUGACUGUCACGUGCUUAAGGUUGACAAUGCAUGGCUGCAUUAUGAGGAAAAUAAAUUGAUGCAUUUUGAAAAUGAAGCCAGUGUGUUAGAUUUCAGAAGUGGUAUUUGUCUUCUUUUUUUAGGGGACAGAAUAUGAGAAGCCAUCACUCUCUUUGGGUCAUUUUUCUGAUCUGUAAAGAAAAAUAAAUCCUGCCCUGUA